AUGACCUAAUCACCUGAAAAAGUUUAGCCUUGGUUUAAAAAAAAGGUAAACUGACACAUUCAGAGAUGUACAUAGGGUAUAACCUAAAUUAAAAACUUAGACCUAAUAACCCAUCACCACUUUCAAUAAGCUGGUCAACCAAUCAUAAAAGAGAAUGAAAGACCUAGGCCCAACUAAGGAUGAUUCUAAGAAAGCUUCCCACUAGUUCCCUUGA